AUGAAACACGUUAGUGCAAUUCUCGGACUUUUAGUAUAUUCUGUGUCAGCACUAGAGUACCAUCCCUUUGACAAGUCACAAUUAAGUGAAGAAUCCAUAUUUGAGCAAUUUGACUAUCCAUCACUUGCAGAUUCACCAUGGAAAGUAUCUUGGGCGAAAAAGUAUGAUGAAGGAAGAGAUGAAAUCGUUCAAUAUAAGGGUGAAUGGGCCAUUGAACAACCCCGUAUUUAUCCAGGAUUUGAGAAUGACUUUGGAUUAGUCAUGAAAUCAAGGGCAUCACAUUAUUCAAUAGCAUACAAACUACCGCAUCCCAUCAACAACAUAAACAAAGACUUGGUUGUCCAAUAUGAGGUGAAACUACAAAACGGAUUAGAUUGUGGUGGAGCCUAUAUCAAACUUUUCGAUGAGUCGAAUAAUUAUCAAUUUCUCAAUUCAGAAACUCCUUAUCAGGUAAUGUUUGGUCCUGAUAAAUGUGGCAGCGACAAUAAAAUCUACUUCAUUUUGAGAAAAAAAUUGCCAAAUGGUGAAGUUGAGGAGAAGCAGUUGCGUUUUCCGCCAUUGGCUAGAACCAAUGACUUGAGCAAUUUAUAUACAUUGAUUAUCAGGAAAAAUAAUGACUUUGAAAUUAGAAUCAAUGGAAAAGUAGUUGAACUGGGUAAUCUCAUAACUGAUAAGGAUUUAUUCUCACCAACUAUGAAUCCGCCAAAGAUAAUUGAGGAUCCAAAUGACAAGAAGCCCUCUGAUUGGGAUGAUCGGAAAUACAUUCCUGAUCCCACUGUUGAACCUCCCGAGGAUUAUGAAAAAUUACAUGCUCACCCAGUUAUACCUGACCCUAAUGUAGUCAAACCUGACGAAUGGGAUGAAUCAGCACCACGGUACAUUCCUGACCCGGAAGCCGUGAAGCCACUAGAUGCAUCCGAUGAUUGGCAACCACCAAUGGUUGUCAAUCCGAAAUGUGAAACAGGUUGUGGUACAUGGACACCACCAAUGAUUGGAAAUGCCGAAUAUAUAGGCCCUUGGUUUGCACCAGAGAUUGAAAAUCCUAAUUUCCAAGGUAUUUGGGAGCCAAGGAAAGUCGAAAAUCCUGAUUACUAUGAAUUAGAAAACCCAUAUCAAAUGGAUAAACCAGUUGGUGGUCUUGGGUUUGAAUUAUGGAAUAUGGAUGGGGAAGUAUUAUUUGAUAAUAUUUAUGUUGGAAACUCCAUUGCUGAAGGUGAAUUAAUUGGAAAUGAAACAUUUACUGUGAAACAAAAAAUGGAGCAUGAAUACAAGAUACAAAAUCCACAAAAGGCACCUAAUGAGCCAGUGGCACCACCACCAAACUUUGACCAGAUAUUAGCUGAUGGUUCCAUAUCAAACUUGCGUCAAUUUGGUAUGUUCAUCAAAUUGUUGACCAGGAAGGAAUAUUUAGACUUUUCCGAUUUCAUUUUUGAGUUUUUGCUUGAUCCAAUAGCAACGGCGAUGCGUUAUCCAAUUAGAGCAGUGAUUUAUGUCUUCCUUCUCCUAUUUGUUGUGCUGGUAAUUGGUGGUGUUGCUAGUGUAUUGAUUUUUAUUGUGAAUAACUGGGGUACGGUUACACAAGUGGAGGAGGAAAGGCAGAGGUCAGAUGAUGGAGAUGAUAUUGUGGUAGCAAAUGCAAAUGCUAUAAGAGGAAAAGAGAUAGAUGAGGAUCAGACUUUGAGACACCGGUGA